AGCAGCUCCUGCAAUUGAGGAUUCCUCUCGGGGAGACUGCAGCCUGUCAGCAUGGCUCACGAGUUUGUGAACAGCAAAAUCCAUCAGGGGAAGGUGGUCGUGUUCAUCAAGCCCACCUGCCCCUACUGUAAAAAGACCCAAGAGAUCCUCAGUCAGUUGCCCUUCAAACAAGGGGUUCUGGAAUUUGUCGAUAUCACAGCCACCGACGACGUAAAUGAGAUUCAAGAUUAUUUGCUACAGCUCACAGGAGCAAGAACGGUGCCUCGAGUCUUUAUUGGCAAAAAUUGCAUAGGUGGGUGCAGUGAUCUAAUAACUAUGCAACAGAGUGGGGAACUGGUGACGCGUCUAAAGCAGAUUGGAGCUCUGCAGUAAUCACAGAGUUGGCCCCACGCUGAUGUCCCCCCUUGUGAGCAGGAUGGCAUUGCAAAUGAUGACAGCACUUCCUGGUGGAUGGAAUUUUGGGCAAAAACAGCUUUUUUCUUCUUUUGGCUCAGUAUUACAAAGUGGAUCAACUUGCCCUUAACUAUGGGGCCAAGAAGGUUGAAGGACCAUUUUGGUUUUUUCCUGGAUUGGCCCUUUGGGUUCCAGAAGACCAUGACAAGUUCUGGCUUAGGAUUUACUCACUGACCCAAAAGAGGUUCUUCCUCUCUGCAUGUU